UGAUCGUGGCUCGCUCCGUGAUGACGCACACUCGCACAGAGACCAGGGGUAUCCUCUACCCUCUGUGGGCCGACAUCCUCGGCGUUCUCUUCGUUGUCAUCGGCCUAGCGCAAGUUCCCAUUUUCGCGUUCAUCUACGCCAAGAAGAAGAACUUCGACUGGGCGAAAUGUCUGAAGCCGGCACACGACUGGGGUCCCGAAGAUCCCGACCUCUACGUGAACUACAUCCGUUUCGUCCGACGACACGGCAUCGACAGGAGCGUCUCCGAGGCGUACGCCGCGCGUGUCAAUGCCGAGGAAGACGUCACGAUAGCUUCCUCCACUCAGGGCCUGGUCCUCAGCUCACCGGCCACCUCGCCCGGGAUAGGUUCCGACGAAAGCCUGCCCUUCUCGUCCAGAACCAAGUCGGAACCACAGCGGCCUACUUCGGUUCUGAAGGACGUCUUCAUCCAGGGUAUGCCCGCGAAGGCCGACGUUGCCACUGAGGACGAUGUCAGCGUCGUCACCAACACUGUCACGCCCAAGGUCGAUCGCGCGGCCAAGAAAGAGAACGAGGACCCCAAGGCGUAGUGGAGUGUACGGCGCGAACCUUCGCGUCGAAGACGUCUCACAUGCAGCGUGAGCUUCUGUCGCCCGCAGCCGCAUCUUGGCGAACUGAAAGCGGG